AUGUUCAAGUGGCUUUUACUUUCGGCUCUGCUGAGUCUAUUUCUAUUCUCAAGUAUUUGUAAAGCUGAAGAAGAAAAUGAUUCUGCGAUUCCACCAAAAGUGGAUAAUGAUAUAGGAAAGCAUGCUGAUGGAUCAAAGACCGAUGAUGAAGUUGUACAAAAAGAAGAAGAAGCUAUUAAGUUAGAUGGUUUAAGUGCAAAAGAAUUUCGUACACUAGUUGAUUCAUCGGAAAAACAUCAAUUUCAAACGGAAGUUAAUCGUAUGAUGAAAUUGAUUAUCAAUUCAUUGUACAAAAACAAAGAAAUCUUCUUACGUGAACUUAUAUCCAAUGCAUCGGAUGCACUCGAUAAAAUACGUUUUCUGUCUCUUACCGACAAAAGUGUACUUGGUGAUAAAGAAGACUUAACAAUCCGUAUUAAGAUUGAUAAAGAUAAUCGCAUGUUACAUAUAACCGAUACGGGUAUUGGUAUGACGAAAGCUGAUCUCGUUCAAUUUCUUGGUACAAUUGCUAAAUCAGAUACAUCAGAAUUCUUGAAUAGAAUGCAAGAAACACAAAAGGAUAGUAAAGAAGGUGCAACAAUGAGUGAUCUUAUCGGGCAAUUCGGUGUUGGUUUUUAUUCAAGUUUUCUUGUUGCCGACAAGGUUGUUGUUACAUCAAAGAAUAAUGCUGAUGAUCAAUAUAUUUGGGAAUCAGAUUCAUCAUCUUUUAAUGUUUUCAAAGAUCCACGUGGAAAUACACUUGGCCGAGGAACAACAGUCAGUCUUCAUUUGAAAGAGGAAGCUGGUGAAUAUUUAGAAGGAUCAACACUCGAAGAGAUUAUUCGCAAAUAUUCUCAAUUUAUUAACUUCAAUAUUUAUUUAUGGAAAUCAAAAGUUGUGAAAGAAGAAGUACCAGAUGAUGAUGCUUCUGCUGAUGGCAAGAAAGCUGAAACGAAAACAGAUGAUGAUGCGGCUGUUGAAGAUGAUAAAGAAGAAGAAAAGAAAGCCAAAACCAAAACAGUCGAUAAAACUGUUUGGGAUUGGGAAUUAAUGAAUGAAAGUAAACCAAUCUGGCAACGCAAACCAACUGAAGUUACAGACGAUGAAUACAGUGCAUUUUAUAAAUCAUUUGCCAAAGAUACUGAACCACCAAUGAUUCAUAGUCAUUUUACUGCCGAAGGUGAAGUAACAUUCAAAUCAAUUCUCUAUGUUCCAAAGGCAGCUCCAUUUGAUUUGUUUUCAAAUUAUAACAAGAAAACUGAUGCCAUUAAACUUUAUGUUCGUCGUGUAUUUAUUACUGACAAUUUCGAAGAAAUGAUGCCAAAAUAUUUAUCAUUCAUUCGAGGAGUUGUUGAUAGUGAUGAUUUACCAUUGAAUGUUUCACGUGAAACUUUACAACAAUCUAAAUUACUUAAGGUUAUCAAGAAGAAACUCGUACGAAAAGCAUUAGAUAUGUUAAAGAAAAUUUCUGCAGAAGAUUAUGAUGCAUUCUGGAAAGAAUAUGGUACCAAUAUCAAAUUAGGUGUUAUUGAAGAUUCAGCUAAUCGAACACGUUUAGCUAAAUUACUUCGCUAUUCAACAUCCCAAUCAAAAGAUAAAUUAACUAGUUUAACAGAAUAUGUUGAACGUAUGAAACCAAAACAAGAACAUAUCUAUUUUAUUGCUGCCAUGUCCGUUGACGAAGCACAAAAAUCACCAUUUGUUGAGCGUAUUUUGAAAAAAGGUUAUGAAAUUCUCUAUUUAAUUGACCCUGUCGAUCAAUAUUGUAUGCAAUCUUUACCUGAAUAUGAAGGAAAGAAAUUUCAAAAUGUUGCUAAAGAUGGUUUAGAAUUAGACAAAUCAAAUACAAAGAAAGAAGAAGAAAAGAAACAAUUAGAAAAAGUUUAUGAACCAUUAUUAACAUGGUUAAAAGAAAAACUCGGCGAAAAAAUUAGUGAUGCUAAAAUCUCAGAUCGUCUUGUUCAAACGCCCAUGGCUCUUGUUGCAUCACAAUGGGGCUAUGAUGGAAAUAUGGAACGUAUAGCACGUGCUCAAGCUUAUCAAAAGAGUGGUGGAGAUUCAACAAUGAACUACUAUUUAAAUCAAAAGAAAACAUUAGAAAUUAAUCCACGCCAUCCACUUAUCAAAGAUUUACUUCGUCGUGUUGAAGAUUCAAAAGACGACAAGACAGCUUUCGAUUUAGCUAACGUUAUGGUUGAAGCUGCAACAAUUCGAUCAGGUUAUGAUCUUAAAGAUUCAACUGGUUUUGCUGAUCGUAUUGAAUCAAUGUUACGACGUGCUAUGGGUGUUUCAUUAGACGAAAAAGUUGAAGACGAACCCGUUGACGAAGAACAUGAUGCUAAAUUUGAUACAAAUGAAGAUGACAAUGUUAUUGACGAUGAUACAAAAUCAGACGACGAUAAACAAUCAACAAAUUCGAACAAUCAACAUGAUGAUUUGUAA